AUGGACGGCGGCACGCACAUGGCCAAAAUCUCCUCCACGCUCGCCCACCUGCAAACCCUCCCGCCCACCCACGACGACGAUCUCAUCCUCAUGAUCGACGCCUACGACAUCUGGUUCCAACUGCCCCCCUCAGUGCUAAUAUCCCGCUACUUCUCCAUCAACGCGCACGCAAACAAGCGCCUCUCAUCCCGUCUCGGCGCCACCGCCAUCCGCGGCGAGUCAAUCUCGCAAACCAUAAUCUUCGGGGCAGGCAAACGCUGCGCUCCUAACCAGAUCCACACCAUAGCCUGCUACCCGAUCCCAGACUCCCCGCUUCCGGACGACUUGUAUUUCGCCAACACCGACACCGAUUUGGGGCAAAGUGAGCACUAUUUCCACAAGCAGCGCUGGCUGAAUUCGGGGUCGAUCAUGGGUCCCGUGGGGGAUUUACGCCGCUUAUUCACGCGCGCCGAAGAAUUGAUGAAGGCGCUGCCGAGGAAAGAUCCGGAGGAUAAUGGGAGUCAGGGCAGCGCGGACAGCUAUCAUGGGAGUGAUCAGUCCGUGUUCGCAAGGAUUUGGGGCGAGCAGGAGUUUCAGCGCGAGGGCAUUCGCAGGAGGUAUGGGGGCGAUCCGAAGGCGGUGAUGAAUCCGGGGACGUUGGCGAGGGUGAAGGGGGAGGGGGAGGGGUUUUUUAGUAGGAUUACAGGUGGUGGUGCGGGUGGGGCGAAAGAUGUGGCGAAAGUUGAGGCAGCAGCGACUGACCAUGCGCAAGAGAAACCCAGUAAGAGUAUGAGCAAAGGCAAGGGCACAGCAGGAGGAAGAGGCAGGCGAAAAGGCGGACAGCGCCGCGUAGAAAAGCGCGGCGCGGGCAACAUCGACGCCCUACGCCCCUACGACAUCCUCAACCCGCCUUUCACGCACGAGUCCGCCGAGCUUCUCGAUGGGCAUCCGAUGGAAUUCGGGAUCGGGGUCGAUUAUUUCGCUGAUCUGACGCACCAGACUAUUAAUAGUGAGAAAGACGCGCGAUGGCUUGUUCAUGGUAAGGAUUUGGAGGGACAAAUUGGUGGUGAAGGGGGAAGAAAGGGGAGGGGAGGGACGGGGGGGAGGGGAGGGGCAGGCCACGAAGCACGCUGGGACUCCCAAUCCCUCUACACACAUCUAUGUCUCGGCGUCGUGCCCGUCAUGGUGCAUCAUAAUGGGGACAAAGACGCACGGCAGCGAGAUUGGGCACGCCCGUGGUGGGCGCGGCAUAUGAAGGGCGUGGUUGAUAGAGAGUUGGGCGGGGGUGUGGUGGGCGAGGUGGGCACGUGGAGGGAACAUGUGGAGGAGCCGCUUGUGGGGAAGGGAGGUGCGUGGGGAGGUGCGUGGACGGCGAGGAGGGAGGGGCAUAAGUUUGUGGGGUUUGAGGAACUUUGUCCUGUUGAGUGGGAUGGGGAGUUGUUUGGGGAGGCGGCGUGA